AUGGCAUGCACAACCAUGACUGUCCCUGCAUCGACAGUUAAAGAUGGAUGCAAAGAAGAGAUCAAGGGCCUUCGGAGAUCACAAUCUGACAUAAAUCGUCGAAAGAAAGUUGGCCUUCGAAGGUCGCGUUCAGAUGAUCACCUUUGUUACUCUAUUAAUCGGAUACGUGCUGCAUCAACAAAACCAAUCCUGAAGAAUAGCCCCUCUGUUGGGAUUUUUCCGAAGCUCCCUUUCCAAAUAUCCAGUUCCAUAAUUCCAAAAUCUGUUAGCUCAUUUUUGUUUGACCUAGAGACGAGUAAGGAUUCGAGUAUGGUGGACAAUAUCGAUGACAACUCAAUGGAAAACAAUGAGGAAGAAAAGGAAAUAAAGAGAGCAAAUUGGUUGAACAGGUUGCUGGAGAUUCGAAGUCGAUGGAAAUAUAGACAAGUACAAGAGGGUGUAGAAGGAGAUGGAAUAUAUGAUGAGAAUCAAAGUGGAGAUGGCGAUUGUGAUGUACAUGGUGGCUGUGAAGUGAACUAUGACUCCGAAGAAGAGGGUGGCAGAGGUGGUGAAGAGAAAUAUGACCGCGAAUCGUUCUCGAAAUUAUUGGUUCAGGUGCCAUGGUCUGAUACCAAGCUGUUUUCCCAGCUCGCCUUCUUGUGCAACUUAGCUUAUGUGAUACCACAGAUUGAGGAAAAUGAUUUAAGAAACUAUUCUGGCCUAAAGUUUGUAACAUCAUCUCUAGAAAGGAAAGCAGAAGUGGCUACAAUUAAAGCAAAAUUCGAUCAGGACUCUACUCGCGUACCUGUUUCCGCCCCAGAAAUUACCAAAUUGGAGUCAAUGAAAGCUGAGAGUUCAGAGCAGAAACGCCGCCCAAUCCGUUUAUCUGUGGUUUCUGAGAUUGCGGCUUCAGCUGCAUGCUACAUUCAGUCACAGCCAGAAAUGGAGGGGGAGAAUUUGACCCGAGUGUAUAACUCGGAGGUGGCUGCUUACAUGGCAGCAUCAACAAUGACCGUAGUGGUUAGAGCUGGAGAGAAGGAAAAACUAAAGGCUGCAAAGGACCUUCAGUCGCUACAUUCAUCGCCUUGUGAAUGGUUUGUUUGCGAUGACUUGAGCACAUAUACCCGCUCUUUUGUAAUCCAGGGGUCCGACUCUCUGGCGUCAUGGCAGGCGAACCUUUUUUUCGAGCCUACUAAAUUUGAGGGAACUGAUGUGCUUGUUCAUAGAGGAAUUUAUGAAGCUGCAAAGGGCAUAUAUGAACAAUUCAUGCCAGAAAUUAUGGAUCAUCUGAACAGGCAUGGAGAUCGGGCGAAGCUUCAAUUUACCGGUCAUUCCCUUGGGGGUAGUCUUUCCCUUUUAGUUAACUUGAUGCUGUUGACUAGGAAGGUUGUAAAGCCUUCUGCUCUUCGACCAGUUGUUACUUUUGGCUCACCAUUUGUGUUCUGCGGAGGCCAAAAGAUACUAGAUGAAUUGGGGCUAGAUGACAACCAUGUUCAUUGUGUGAUGAUGCACCGAGACAUCGUCCCUAGAGCCUUCUCCUGCAAAUAUCCAAACCAUGUCGCGGUUCUCCUCAAGCGUCUGCCUGGUUCCCUCCGAUCUCACCCCUGUCUACUAAAAAAUAAACUUUUGUACACUCCACUGGGAAAGCUAUUCAUUCUCCAACCUGAUGAGAAGUUAUCUCCUUCACACCCUCUAAUCCCUCCAGGAAAUGCACUUUAUGCUUUGGACAAGACACAUAGGGGAUACACAUUGAAGGCACUCAAGGCCUUCCUGAACUGUCCUCAUCCCCUGGACACCCUCAGUGAUCUCACAGCCUAUGGCUCCGAAGGUACCAUUUUGAGAGAUCAUGACUCCAGCAACUACUUGAAAGCGGUUAAUGGUGUCCUAAGGCAACAGAAAAAGAUGCUUGUUCGCCGAGCCAGGAUCCAGAGAGGCCUGUUAUGGCUACUGCUGGUUUCACCAUCUCCUCACUCAUGGACCCAUGAUAGAACUUCAGAUAGCCGCCUGUUGUCAAAUAAGGAGAUUAUGACCUGUGUGUGAACUUUGCAGGGCCGGAUCGAAUGGCAAACUAGGGUAUCCAAAGAUUGAAAAACCAAAAAUUUUUUAAAAAAUUUCUCAUGGACACUUUGUUCGUAAAUAAAAUGGGUAAAUUUCUCACGAUUUUUUAUAUAUUAUAAGUGGACACUUAUGAAAUCGAAUCCGU